ACCAGACUUUGGGUUCAGUUUUUGGGUGGCCCCUGCUCUCCAUGAGGUGAAGCUGGGAGGGCAGUGGAGGCCUGGGGCAGAGGUCAGAUGCUGCCCAGCAGGGUGGUACAGUGCUCUGGUGACAAACACUCCACAGGCAUUUCUUUCCCUUUUUCUGCCAGCUCCUUGGCAAAGGAGUGUUUUAAGGAGGAGUCCAGAGGAAUCAAAUGGGUUGGAAUGGGCAACUGGCACAAGAGUGAGCCACCACAGGGGCAGGAGCUGGAUUCAGCAUGGCCCAGGGGGCAGCUGGAGUGAGAGGGGUCUGUGGAGGGCCUGAGCACACUCCCCGCAGUCCUGGGGCUGGCUCUGACCCUGGCCACCCUCGCAGGCCAGCCCUGCUCCCUGGGCAGGGGCAGUGGGACAGGCUCUGUCUGCUCCUGGUCCCCCGCCACCCUCAGCCAUGCAGCUCCCUGACAGCAAGCAUGAACUGCGUUGAGCCCAGGCUCUCCUGACCCUAGCUCUAGCUCCUAAGGGACUCCCUAAGCCUGGCCUGAUCCCCCACAGGACUCCCACUGCCAUGGGAAAGGCUGGGGACAGUGCCCAUGACUGGACCUGGGCCCAGCACUGAGCUCCCAGGCUGGGAAAGGGAGGGCAAAUUGAGACCCCGUCUUCGUCUCCCUUCAGAGCUUGGCAUUUCUGCCACCCCACAUAACUACCCUGGAGACCACAAGGGUGGCUGUCAUGGGGCUCCCUCCAGGUCUCGAGCAUUUAUCACUUAAAGGAAGAAAAAGCCUUGCAGGUCCAGGAAUCUCCUCCCAGCCAGAGGAAGAAAUAAAACACAGCUUGGAUCUGUCAUUUGCUGCUUGCUGCCAUGACGUCAGCUUGGGGCUGAACCUUCCACCUGUUGCUCGGACCUUAAACGAGCUGACGCCAGAAGAGAAAAGCACUUUCUCUUGAGUUUAGCAGCAAGUAGCAGCAGCAACAGAAGUCGCAAUGAGGUGCUGUGUAGUCCUUGCUGUCCUGCUCAGUCUGGUGCUCUUUUCGAAAGCAACGGACUUCUGCAACCCAGACCCUUGUGGAAAAAAAUUGGCUAGUUGUGUUGCUUUAUAUAGCAAUUAUACCUGCCAGUGCCAAUAUGGAUUCUACUAUAGCAAUGGGAAUUGUCAUGCAGGGAAAAUAUUCCCAGGUGUCAUUACACUGACAGGAUCUUACAGUAGCAGUGUUCAAACUGUAAAUUCUCUGGAAUAUGAAGAGGUGUUAAAAAAUAUAACAAUAUGGUUUAAGGAUGCCUUCAAAGAUUUAGAUGGCUUUGCAGAGACUGUCAUCGUGGAAAUUCAACAGAUUCAGAAAGAAAGCAGAGCUUCUUCUCGACUGAGUGUAACAGUGACAAACCUGUUUAAGGACAACUCAAAUGUAACCAAUGUAACAGUUACUAAUGCAAUAUAUGCUGAAAUAAAUGAAUCGAACUAUGUCUCUGCAUACACAGUUGCAACAUACUGUGCUGCUUUUAAAUGUGAUACUCAAACUACAUACUGCAAAGAAGCUAUGUAUCCAGAAUGCUUAUGCCAGGAUGAUUUUGCAAAGACAGAAUGGGAUGAACGUUCUUGUUCAGACUGCAGUGAAAGCUGUUCUUCAGAACAAAACAAGUACUGUGAAAGAGUAGGAGCGGUUCCAACAUGCAAAUGCAUGGCUAACUUUAAAAAGAAGAAUGAUAACUGUGUACCCUGUCCAGUGGGCUACUCUGGGGAGGACUGCAAGGACAGUACAGAACUCAUCCUUAUAAUAGUGGGUACAGUGCUUGGAGCCAUAAUCCUGAGUUUGCUGAUAGCAGUCUCUAUUGUUUCAGCAAGAAACAAGCACAGGCAAGAUCCAGAACAGAAAAGACUGAUAAAGUCAGGAUAUUCCAACUCAAAUACCUCUGCUGAUGGACAGACCAGGAUGUUCCCUCGAGUCCAGACCACUUCUGGCCAUGUGAACCCAGGGUAUCAGCCAAACAACCCGUAUGAGAUGCGUUCAACAAACAGAGGUCAAUAUGAUGAUUUGUAUGAAAUAUCACGGGAGCAUGACGGCUUUAGGAUGCAGAGCAAAUAUUAAGUGACCAGAGCGGUAUAAAGAUGGAUGACCACCACAGCAAUGGGUCAGACCAAAUCGUUUCACAGCCUCUCACCAAUGCAGAUACUUCAGCACAAGAGACAACAAAAUCUACAGCCCCAGCUUCUCUGAAGAUUUUCUAAAGGAAAACCCCUGCUUGAAAGAGAUCAUGGACAACUCUCUGAAAUAAGAGAAAAUGAAGCAGAGGGUAGGAGGAAAACAAUGACUCUCACAAGAGUUAGGGGGCUCCAGUGAACACCAGAAUUCUUUCAGGCCAGUACAAUGGCAAGAAAGUGAGUGUAGACAAGAUAGCAGGGGUUUAACCUGCUGUUUUUCAGUUCUUCUGGAAGAUGGUCCAGGCAAUAUGUGUGAUAGUGCAAAUGUCAUCGCCCUGAUCUUUGCCUACAUUUGUGCUCACUCUAUUUCAGCUAGAGGCAGCCUGCAUGGCUUUGGGAAGAUCAAAACUGUUCUUCAUGAGAACCUAACCUUUUUCUUUAUACUACAUCAGAUACAGUCUUUCCCCCCCCCCCCCUCAACCCCCCUAAAAUUUCCUAUGUGAAAGCAUUCUGUUCAGAUCUCUGCUGACAUGUGUUGUGAGAGACAAUGGUACUUGUCUGAUCUUUUACACAGCCUUCCUUCCCAAUACAAUGACAAGAAACAACAUCUUCAAACAAACACUAUUGUUCUUCAUCUUGCACAACCACAUUGAUUUUACAUUCUCAGUUCCUGUGGAAAGUGUUAGCAUUUUUUUCUCUUAUACUCUUUGUGUUUUCAUUGAAUGAUUUUGUUUGAGGGGCUUUUUUUCUUUUUUUUUUUUUUUAUUACUCAGACACUCUCAAUAAAUCCGUAAAAGAAUCCACAUUUUAUCAUACUUUACUGAGUAUGAAUUAUCCAUUGACUAGCAUUAACAUUUCUGUGAAUAUAUUUAUAAUAUAUAUAUGCACAAAUAUCUACAUAUAUUUAAAGGUUAAACCCAUUUACAUCAUCACUUAAUUCCAUGUUAUAUUUUGUGUUUUGGUUUUUAACUUUUCCUAUUAAAAUUUUUCCUAUUAAACAUUAUUGUUUCACAGUACCAAGGCUUUUUUUAUAUUGCUUCCCAGUGGUGUAAGUGGGGUAUUUUACAAUUCCAGAGACUGUUUUAUGUUACAACUUGUGCAGCGUUUAGAUGCAAGUGUGCACAGACUGGUUUCAUCAGCACCCAGCUUUCAGUCAGAGGUUCUGACCAGAAAUAGUGUUAGAUAUUAACGAAGUUAAGGUGUUUAGUGUUUUAAGGCUGGCACCAUUUUUCUGUAAUUAUUUUUUGAUUCGAACUGGGUAGUUAGUGCAACUUGGUCAGCUUUGAAAAUGCUGGCCAAGCUGCUCUCCGUGAUGGCAGCUUUGUGUGUAUGGGUCUGUUAAUGUCACACAGCUAAAAAGGAAGUGUCUUUCAGCUUAAAUGACAAAUCUGGGGCCAGUGGUAGAAAACACUGUGUGCAGCUGAAGAAGUUACUAGGAUGUGCAUGCAGAUGGGUUGUUCCAGUGUUCUCGGUGAUCAAAACCGGCUCCCAUCCACCAGCUAUGCAGUUGAAAAUUGAGAACUAACCAGUCCUGAUCUUUCUCAUGUGGCUUCUCUAGCAAAGGAAGAUAGACCUGGCUCUCUCUGAACUGCCUGCAAUGGGCAGUAGUUCAGAAGUAGCCUGAUGAGAAAAGGUGUAACUUUAGUUCUGUUUUUUUUCCUGUGUUUUCACUGUUUCUUUCUUCCAGUUGAAAAAUAGGUGGGAUACAGGCAGAACAAAUGGCAAAAAAAGAGUCACAAAGCUCAGUGUAGAUUUACUGGCUUCAGCCAGCUGCUAUUGCUUAGAUACCUGCUCCUCCCCUACUUAAUACAGCAGACUGAAACUCAAGGUUACAUGGAUUCUAAUAGAUUUUUUCUUUAUCAAGAAAAAGCCCGUACAUCAUGGUCUUUCAUUGAAGUUAAUUGCCAGGUUCUAUCAGCUUAGUGCAGAGGAUCCCUAAAAUACAUGUAACAGUAGCCUGCUGCAGGGGCCCAUGGAAAGACUAUUAAGUGUUAUCUCUUAUUCUUCUGCAAACCAAUAGCGGUUGGAAGUGCAGCUGAAAGCUCAACAGUAAAUGACACUUUAAUGCAGCAAAACUUUAUUGAGGAUGUGAUACCUAGAUUAUCUGCUGUCACUGGUAAUAAAAGGAGCAAAAAGA